CGGCUCCAACCCUUCCGGCGUGAGUGCGUGCGCGUGCGAGCGCCCGCGCCCUCAACAUGCCAUGGGGAACAGCUGGGCGGCGCAGUGGUGCUGCUGGCUCUUCCCGAAGCGGCAAGCGGGACGCGUCCAACGAGGAGGAGGAUCAAAAUACUUUAGGACAUGCCCAACAGGAGAACACUUCACUAUAGAGUUUGAGAAUCUAGUGGAAAGUGAUGAGGGUGAAAGUCCAGGAAGCAGCCAAAGACCUUUGACUGAAGAAGAAAUUGCUGAUCUAAGAGAAAGGCACUACAAUUCCAUUACUGAAAAACAAAGAACACUAGAUGAUAAACUUCAGGCAGAGUUAGCCAUACAAGAGGAGAAGUUAAGAAUAGAAGAGGAGACUUUAUAUGCUGCACAGCGUGAAGCAGCCAGGGCAGCAAAGCAGAGAAAGCUCUUGGAGCAACGAAGGCUGCACAGGCUAGCACAAAGAGAAAAUAAUGGAGAUACCCAAAGCUCAACGACAGAAGAGGAUUUUGAUUCCUCUAUGAGAAAUGUGAAACUACAGUAUGAAGUUUUUCGAAGUAGCAGGCUCUCAUCAGAUGCUACUGUUCUGACACCAAAUACAGAGAGCAGUUGUGACUUAAUGACCAAAACGAAAUCAACAAGUGGAAAUGAUGAUAGUAAUUCCUUAGAUUUAGAAUGGGAAGAUGAAGAAGGUAUGAACAGAAUGAUCCCAUUGCGAGAACGUUCAAAAACUGAAGAAGAUAUACUCCGGGCAGCACUAAAAUUUAGCAGCAAGAAAACUGGAAGUAAUCCAACUUCUGCUUCUGAUGACUCUAAUGGUUUGGAAUGGGAGAAUGAUUUUGUUAGUGCCGAAAUGGAUGAUAAUGGCAACUCAGAAUAUGCUGGAUUUGUAAACCCUGUUUUAGAACUGUCUGCAUCAGACAAAAAAAACCCUGAUGCUGAUCAGCAAGACAGAUAAUGAAAUCAUGUGGCGCUUGGCUAUCUGACCAAAUGGUUGAAGUUGGACAAAACCUACAAAUAUGUAUUGUGCACAAUCCCUCCAAUCAUUGCUGCUGAACAGCCUCCUUAAAACAAGGAAGUUGCACAGUGACAGUACUUGGUGAACUGAGCUCCGGAAUUCUAGAAAAAGAUGAAACCAUGUUAUAAUGUAUGUCAGUUAAAGAAUGAGUAUGGUUUGCUAUCUGAAUUCAAAAUUGUAAGUGCAAUUUUAACAUUUACCUUUGAAUUUUUAUGAAAAUACUUGAGUGAUUCUGUUGCGUCUAUUCUUGGGUUUUAGCAUACAGUUGUCUGCACUAAAUGAAGCAUUGCAGCUUGAUGUUUUAAUUGGUGAUUUUGUUCUAUUUGAUUUCUUUAAAUAUUAACAUUAGCAUAAUAAUUCCAGUAGAAAGUCUACUUAACACUUUAAUACUUGAAUGAUAAAACUAGACAGCAAUGUUAUAACUUUUUUCUGUUCAGUUCUAAAAAUCAUUUUACAUGUCAAAUUGAUCUUUCUUCCUAUGUAUUUAUUUACAUUAUUAAAAUGAUCAGAUCUCAAGCACAAAACCUCUCACAUUAAAAAAGGUUGUCAAAAGCAUUGUAUAAGACAAGACAAGCUAUGAAUAGAGAAGUAUUGUAGAAAUUUUUGAUGACAUCUCCAUUUAAAUCACUGGAAACUAUAAUGGUUUUUGUAAGUAAAACUUUAGAGAACCAAAGGUUCCAUUUUUACCCCAAUUUGAAAUGCCAAAUGCUGUUCAUAAAAAGGUUUUAACUGUAUAUGUUUUUAAGUUGUGCAAAAUUAUUUUUGUUUAACAGUUACUAACUUCAUAGUAGCUUAUAUUAAUAGCUAUAACUCAAAAAAUUGUGUUCUUUUGAUGUGGAAGACGGAAAGCAUGACUACUUUCUGUGGAUGUAUUAAUACAAACUGGUAUUCCAAUUCAAAUAUAUCUUUCCCAAGUGUGUAAACAUUCCAUUCAUGAAACAAAGUAAGAUUAGUGAUAAAGGCAGUAACGUAAGAAGAGUUAAAUUAUUGUUGAACGAUGAUUGAGAAUGAUGAUGUUGCCCAUAUAUUUUAUUUGUAUUACAAAGAGUCCUUUGGAUUUUAAUUUUCAAGAGAACUCCUUAGUGUUGGUUACAUUUUUUGGUACUUUAGAAGUGUGGAAAAACUUCUGUAUCUUCCUAUGAAAUGGCCUUUGGGUUUUUUGUUUCCCUGAAAAGAAAUUUGCUUUGGAAUGGUGCUUGCUCUUUAAUAAUACACCAGUGUGUGUGUUUGCCACACUAAUGUUUGAUUCUUAGCAAACCUGAGUAUUACAAUGUUCAGUAGUGCAGCAGAUUGGGGAGCGACUGUACCUAUUUUGCAUGAUUGCCUCUUCCUUGAGUUGCUGUAUUAGUAGUUCUUCUACUCCUACUGUAAGGAUUUCUCAUUUCUAGCUCCCUGAAAGGAGAAUAAAGGUUCUUUGCAGUGUGUAUAUAAGAAUCAAGCUAUGCAGAUAUGUACAAGUAGGUCCCUGGCUCUUGGAAGCAGCUGCUACAGCAACAAGGAAAAACAAAACAACAGCCCAGAAAUUAUGAUCAGCAUUAGUUAAGCUAUAUCUUUCCUGCUGAAGCUUGGCUACGAAUGGCAACUCUUUGUUAUGGCCACUGGCUGAAACACAUAAACUUACUAAUAAUGGCAACACUCAGAUUCAGGGCUCAUCUACACCAAGCGGGAUAUUCCACUAUGAAAGCAGUAUAUAAAAGGCAGGAAACACACUACUGCUUUAUAAUGAUAUUGAAGUGCACUGCAGGAUCUACACUACUGCUCUAUAGUGGUAAUGAAGUGCACUGACCACUGUUGGGGCCCAUAACACAUCUACACCAAGCAGGAUAUAACACUAUGAAAGUGGUAUGAAAGCAGUAAUUUAGUAUGUGUCAGUGGGCCCCAACAGUGGUCAGUGCACUUCAAUACCACUAUAAAGCAGUAGUGUGGCACCUUCAUUUUAUAUACUGCUUUCAUACCACUUUCAUAGUGGAACAUCUGCUUAGUGUAGAUGAGCCCUCAGUCUCAGUAUCUGGCCCUCUCACUGCCCUGUAACAGACCUUCAUUACUAUUGCAUUAUGAUCCAUUAACUUACCUCUUGUGCAGCCUUUCCAAACAUGGGGUGCUCCAGACAUUUUGGACUAUGAUUCCUAUUAUCCCCAGCCAGCAGGGCUAAGGGUUAGGGAUUAUGGAAACUGUAAUCCAAAAUCUCUGGAGAGUACAAGUUUGAGGAAGACUGCUUUUUUGUCUCUCUUCCCAAUUACCUUUCCUUGCUCCCAUAAUCAUGAUUAAUAGAAUUUGAUUCCAAGCUCAGAAUGGUCAUUUAUUCUUUUAAACAUACUAUUCACUGCCCCAAUAAUAAAUUAUGGAUGUUGAGUGGUCAGUGGCAGUAAACAAAUUAUCAAAUGUUUGUAUAGCUGUUUUAACCCAUGUAAUAUGCCAGGAUCGCUAUAGAUUGAUUUCUUUCCCCGUGCCUUUCAUUUUUUUAAAAAAAAGACAGAUAUUGACCAUAUGUACAUAUGACAGUUGACACAACUUAACCUUCCUUCAUGUAUUGCAUUUCUUAAAUGGAAGCUAUCUUGCUAAAAAUAUUCACAUGUUGAGCUCUACAUUUUAAAUGCCUGUAAUAUGCUUUAUUAUAAGAGAUUUGUACACUUCAAAUGUAUAUUUUUGGUUUAACAUAAGCUACUGUGUCUCUUCCUGACUUUUUCAUGUUAUCAGUCUUUAAAAUUUAAAUUUCUCAAGCUGUGAAUAAAUUUUUUACACACUUGAAAACUAA